UUACUUAUAAACAACCCUUCAAAUCCAUUAGGUACUCUUCUUGACAAGGACACACUCCGUGACAUUGUAACGUUCAUCAACUCGAAAAACAUCCAUUUAGUAUGCGAUGAAAUCUAUGCUGCUACGGUGUUUGAUCAGCCUAGAUUCAUCAGUGUAUCUGAAAUAGUUGAGGAUAUGAUUGAAUGCAACAAAGAUUUGAUCCAUAUAGUCUAUAGCUUGUCUAAAGACUUGGGAUUUCCAGGAUUCAGAGUUGGAAUUGUUUACUCGUACAACGAUACAGUAGUAAACAUUGCUAGAAAGAUGUCAAGCUUUGGGUUAGUUUCAACUCAGACACAACAUUUGCUUGCAUCAAUGUUGUCUGAUGAAGUAUUCAUUGACAAAUUCAUUGCUGAGAGUUCCGAAAGACUCGGAGAAAGGCAGGGGAUGUUUACAAAAGGACUAGCAGAAGUUGGAAUUAGUACAUUGAAAAGCAAUGCUGGUUUGUUUUUCUGGAUGGAUUUAAGGAGGCUUCUUAAAGAAGCAACAUUUGAUAGUGAGUUAGAAUUAUGGAGAAUUAUUAUCAAUGAAGUGAAACUUAAUGUUUCACCAGGAUGUUCAUUUCAUUGUUCUGAACCUGGUUGGUUUAGAGUUUGUUUUGCAAACAUGGAUGACGAGACGAUGAGGAUUGCAUUAAAAAGGAUAAGUUACUUUGUGCUUCAGCCAAAGGGACUUAACAACAUUGCUGCUAUUAAGAAACAAUGCAGCAGGAGGAAACUUCAGAUCAGCUUAUCGUUUCGAAGAUUGGAUCAUGAGUUCAUGAACUCACCAGCUCACUCUCCGAUGAAUUCGCCUUUGGUCAGGACUUAAAGAAGGGGGAAAAUGGUAUAGUUAUGUUUUUGUUGUUUGUCUAAUAAAAGAAGGUAAAAAAAUAUUUCCUUUUGUUGUAGUGAUGAGUGAUAGUACUAAGUAUUUGAUUUCACAGUUAAUUCUAUUUUUGUGCAAACUGAUGAAAGAAAAUAAAAAAGAUAUAAGGUAUAGAGAGUGUUUUGGAUUUUUAAUAUCUGAAAUUUUUCCUAUUAUCCCAUCAAUAUUGUAUCAAAAUGGGAUUCACUGUGGAAUUUGUAUUUCUUCUUGGUUUUUUUAAUUCCUUCUUGAAAAUGAAGGAGGGUGUAAGUUGUAACCUGAAAUUUUACUUGCUUAUAUAUAUAAAAAAAAUUCAUGUCCUUGAAA